CUCGCGCACGCGCUCUCUGCAGGCUACUUUGACCUCUGACCUGCCGGUCGUCCUUGAGCCCCGGCGCUGGGGCCAGGAAGUGGAGCCCGCGCCGCAGCGGCUGCGCGGACACCAUGGCUAAGUACCUGGCCCAGAUCAUUGUGAUGGGGGUGCAGGUGGUGGGCAGGGCCUUCGCCCGGGCCUUGCGGCAGGAAUUUGCAGCUAGCCGGGCAGCAGCUGAUGCCCGGGGACGUGCUGGACACCAGUCUGCAGCUGCAUCCAACCUCUCUGGCCUCAGCCUCCAGGAGGCACAGCAGAUUCUCAACAUCUCCAAGCUGAGCCCUGAGGAGAUACAGAAGAACUAUGAACACUUGUUUAAGGUGAAUGACAAAUCUAUGGGUGGCUCCUUCUACUUGCAGUCAAAGAAAGAAGAGGAAGCUGUGGACACAGAGGCACACACAGAAGGAAGAGGCCACGGUAGGAAUGCCAAGACACCAGAAGCCAGGACAGAGACGAAAAAUUCUUCCCUAGAAACUUUGAGGCAGCAUGGCCCACUGAUACCUUGAUUUCAGACUUUAGCUUCUGGAAUUAUGAGAGAAUAAUACAUUUCUGUCGUUCAAAGCCGUUCAUUUGGUGGUGC